CCUGAACACCUUUUUUUUUAUUCUCUUCUUUCUUUUCAUUAUUCUAUUCAUUUGUUUUUGUGUUUACUAAAUAGAAGCCACGCACGCUCACUCCUUUUUUAUUAUGGACACAGAAAAAAUGAAUACAAGGCAGGAAUCAUCUGUUGAUGGCGCAAUUGGAUCACCUACUCUAGAAGCACUUUACCAUGACUUGGACAUGUUCAUCAACGAGUUAAAUUUAAGUAGUGAUCAAAGACGUAGCUUUGACCAAGUUAAUCAAAACGGGGGAUACGAAGACGAAACCCAAGGAUACUCUCCAGUUUUAGAAAAUUAUACACGAUUUAGUACAACAGAAUGCAUUGAACAACCAAAAAAGCCGACGAUUAUUGAAGAAAAGCCUCAUCAAACUACGCCACCUGUCUCACCAUCGUUUCUCAGAGUGAACAAUAAAGAGGAUUAUAUCUUUACGACCAGAACAAGUUCAUUGAAUCGCACGAUAUCUUCAUCCUCAGGAAGAUCGCUCAACAAUCGUAUUCCACCUUCACCCAAAAUCAUAUUCUCAAAUCCUACAUCUCCUUUAGCGUUUGAGAUGCCAAAUGUGCUUGAGGAUGAAGUUGUGUUCCCUAAUUAUGCUCUUUUAUCUUUUAUAUCAAGCAACUUUAUUACUGCCGUCAGGUCCUUAAAUGAACGUAGAAGAAUAUUCUGUACAGCGGAAUAUCCCCUUAGCUUUAACGGUGAAGAAGCUAUAGUAUGUUUGAUGGAUAUAUAUAUGCAUGUAUACUAACGAUCAUCUCAGGAUUUACUUCGCUCUUUUCUACCUGAUAGCUUAGCCACUUCAAUCUACCUCAAGGUUGCUCGUGCCCUCA